AAACUAGCGUCAAGUCAGGGAGCGUCCGUCUGUUCCCGUUGAUCAAGUGAAAUUUGGGGUUUUGCAAGAUUUUGAUAUUUGUGUGGAAGCUGUGGAAGGAGCAGUGGGACAUGACCCACGUCCUGCAUGUCCUCCAUCUGUUCUGCUAGACAUGUCUCUAAUCCUGUUCCUCGCUUGUGUGGUGGGAUGGUCGGCGGGGGUUACGCAGUGCCCCAACAAGACGGAGCUGGACGCCUGCUUGGCUAAGAUCGUGCCCCACAUGACCAGGACUGGUCUGCCACACCAACCCAAACAUCUCACCCACAUGUGCAGAGCCUUCAAAGGCGGGAUGAGGUGUGUGGACGCCUACACGGCCCAGUGUAUGUCGAAGAUAGAGCGCGCCGGUUUGGAGGAGCACCUGAAGGGCGCCCGCUCCACCCUUGCCUUCCUCUGCGACGACCCGGUCUUCCAGCGAGAGUAUCUCUCCCACGGGAAGUGUAUCCGGGAGGUGCGGGAGGACUGGGAUCGCUGCCACCUUCACUUCAAGUACCUGGUGGGACUCGAACAUUCUCGCCCCAACAUCACUCAGGUGCAGCGCGACCACAACAUCUGCUGUAUUCGCGAGAAGUUCCUGAGUUGUGUGUACAGGAUGAGCUACCUCACUUGCGGCAAGCUGCAGGCGGUAUUCCUGAAAAAGAUGACGGCGACACUCUCGUACAGCGACGUCCACCAGGAAAAGUGUAGACAUGUCACUCUUCACGUCUGUUCCUCUGGUCGACCAGCCCUCCAUAUUGAACCUUCCACCCUGCACAGUUUAGUUAUGCUUCACCUCCUCUUGUUCUCUGUAUACUAACUUUAUUUUUCUAUUUAUAUCUCUACUUCACUUGUAAAUUUUAUCGAUGAUAUAUUAUAUACAGUACUGUACUUGAAAAAGAAUUGGUAUCUCCAAACACAUGCUGUCUGUCUGUCUUACAAUUACUGGAAACUAUUUUGGCAAACACACAUCAAAAUCGAUUUUCAGUACUACCAACAGUAAAGAUAUUUGUCAGUCAUCCAACUUUUGAAAAGGUUAUGACACCGUCAAUCUUCAGGCUUUCAGAAUAACCUCUCAAUUAUGUUAGUCAAAACCAUAGCUUCA